CCUCGAUCGAUCGCAAUGGACCCCGCCCCCUGCCUCUUCCCCGCCGCAGGGCAGCGGCCGCCAGCGCCACCGUGCUUAGGCCGCGUGGUGCUGCCGUCUGCUUCCGCCGCGGAGGAGUCCUCUGCGGCCGCGGCCGCGCGCCGGCGGCUCGAGUCGCUUGGCCAGGUGGUGGGGGUGCUUGGCACGCAGUGGGGGGACGAGGGGAAAGGCAAGCUUGUCGACAUCCUCGCGCGGCGCUUCGACGUCGUCGCACGCUGCCAGGGUGGAGCUAAUGCUGGACAUACCGUAUAUAAUUCCGAGGGGAAGAAGUUUUCACUACAUCUUGUUCCAUCUGGGAUCCUAAAUGAGAACACACAAUGUGUGAUUGGUAAUGGAACAGUAGUUCACCUUCCUGGGCUCUUUAAAGAAAUUGAUGAAUUAGAGUCUAAUGGAGUUUCCUGCGAAGGAAGAAUUCUGGUAUCAGAUCGUGCCCAUCUUUUGUUUGAUUUUCAUCAAGUUCUUGAUGGACUUAGGGAGGCGGAGCUCGGAAAUUCCUUUAUAGGAACAACAAAGAGGGGAAUUGGGCCAUGUUAUUCAAACAAAUUUAUCAGGAAUGGACUCAGAGUUUCUGAUCUCCGACACAUGGACACCUUUUGUGCCAAACUUAAUACCCUAAUGAAAGAUGCAGCUAUGCGCUUCAAAGGAUUUGAAUACAGUAGCAAGACCCUCAAAGAGGAGGUUGAUAAGUACAAAAGGUUUGCUGAACGUCUGGGACCUUACAUAACUGAUACCGUGCAUUUCAUGAAUGAGUCAAUCUUGCAGAAGGAGAAAAUAUUGGUUGAAGGUGGUCAAGCCACUAUGUUAGACAUUGACUUUGGUACAUAUCCAUUUGUUACUUCCUCAAGUCCUUCAUCUGGAGGAAUAUGUACUGGCCUUGGUAUUGCUCCAGGAAGCAUCCAUGAUCUCAUUGGAGUGGUAAAAGCUUAUACAACCAGGGUUGGAUCUGGUCCAUUCCCAACAGAGUUGUUGGGCAAGACCGGUGAUUUACUCCGUGCAUCUGGAAUGGAAUUCGGGACUACGACAGGUCGGCCCAGGCGUUGUGGCUGGCUCGAUAUAGUUGCGCUCAAAUACUGCUGCCAAAUCAAUGGUUUUUCAUCUCUAAACCUGACGAAACUUGACGUACUGAGCGGAUUGAAGGAAAUUAAACUGGGCAUUUCCUAUUGUACCAAAGAUGGCAAAACGAUCGAAUCGUUCCCAGCGGACCUCGAUCUUUUGGAGCAAAUAAAGGUCAAGUACGAGGCCAUGCCUGGGUGGGAGGAGGACAUUUCCUUGAUACAAGACUAUAAUGAUCUCCCAAAAACCGCUCGUCUAUAUGUGGAGAGGAUAGAGGAGUUGGUUAAUAUUCCAGUCCAUUACAUCGGUGUUGGACCGGGGCGUGAUGCUCUGAUAUACAAAUAGGGCAUGAAACAUGUUAUCUAUUUAAAUAAGAUCCUCAUUUAGGAUCCCAAUGUGCUCUUUACUCUACUUGUUUGUAAGGUACUAUCUCAGUACCUAAUAUAAGACGUUUUUACAGUCCAUUUGAACUGCAAAAACGUCUUCUUUAUAUUUUGGUACGGAGGGAGAACUAUUUUAAAAGGAGUGAUAGUAUUACUUGUGUUGGUCCAUGGGACCAGUCUAGAGCCCGGGAGUAGGGAUGGCUAUGGGAAUUUCUUUGCGUACAAUGUUUCACGGCCGACCUAUGCACAA